GUGUACAACAAAUAAGCAUCGUUAGCUAUGUCUUCUGCCUCCGAACAUAUUUCCAUUAUGUAUAUUUUCUGAGUGUACCGGCGACAAGGGUUUGGAUUUCUUAUUUCUAGCGUCAAUGUCCGAUUAUUAUUCAAGGUAAAACUUUUUCGCCAGUGUUGUUUUGUCGGUUCGGGGGCUCAUACGUGUUUGUUGCGGAUUCCUCACUACUUGAUUGGUUUAUUAAGUCGAGUUUCAGUCCACCGACACAAUGUUAAAAUUUAUGAAACACCAACAAAAAAUCAGUCCGGAACGAAUACAGAAGCAAAAGGAAUUAUUCGCAUUUAACCAGUUAUGGCACACCAGGAGUAGAAUUGUAUGGUCAAAAUGAAAACAGUGAAUCAGCAAUCAAUCAUCUCACUUUUCUACAUGGACAGUGUCGUCUAGUCUCACUGUGUGAGGACAACAGUCUCCACUUAUGGCAGCUAAAGCAACUAGGAGACUCUGGUGGUAUGCAACUUGUUCAAGCUAACUCUACAUCCCUUGAGGGAAAGCUCAAGAAGAUCAGUGUAGUUGUAGCAGACAGCAAAUGUGAGCACUUAAUGGUGGGAACUGAAGGGGGCAACAUAUAUCUUCUUAACCUGUCAACGUUUGCUAUGUCUGAUAAUAUCAUUUACCAGGAUGUUGUCAUGCAGAAUGUUCCUGAGGAUUACAAAGUGAAUCCUGGCCCAGUUGAAGCCAUUGCUGAACACCCAACUGAGCCAAACAAGAUUUUGAUUGGUUAUCAGCGUGGCCUUAUAGUUCUCUGGGACAAAAAGAAUCUAUGUGCAGACCAGACAUAUGUAUGUAGCCAGCAGCUGGAGUCUGUGUGUUGGCACACAGAUGCUGCACAUUUUACUACCUCUCACAAUGAUGGCAGCUACAUGGUCUGGUCAGCUACAGAUUCUGCUCAGCCUACUGAUGGACCCCACACUGUGUAUGGGCCUUUUCCCUGCAAGCCAAUCACUAAAAUUUUAAGGCCUGCUGGAAAGGAAGGUGACUUCAUUGUGUUUAGUGGUGGUAUGCCAAGAGCCAGCUAUGGUGACCGCAACACUGUGACUGCCAUCCUUGGUGAUAAUCAUGUUACUUUUAACCUUACCUCCAAAGUUAUAGACUUUGUUGUUGUUAAGGAUAGUGAUGCAGGACAUGCAAGCUGCUUAGCAAUUUUAGCUGAGGAGGAGGCUGUGUUUAUAGACUUAGAAACAGAAGAUUGGCCUGCAUUUGCUGCACCAUACUUGGCCUCUCUUCACUCAUCAGCCAUCACCUGUUCUGUACUGGCAUCUUCAGUAGCCUUGGAGGUUUAUGAUAAAAUAAAGGAAGCUGGAUCCAAGCAGCAGUCAGGUCUGUCCACAAGGCCCUGGCCCAUCAAUGGAGGGAAAAUAAAAAAUACAGAUUCCCCUAAACAGAGAGAUGUGUUGUUGACUGGGCAUGAAGAUGGUACGGUACAGUUUUGGGAUGCCUCUGGAGUUUCUCUGACACUAUUAUACAAGUUAUCAACGUCUCGACUUUUUCUGUCAGAGGAUCUUGGAGGUGAUGGAGCAUCAGCAGAAGAUGAUGACUGGCCUCCAUUCAGGAAGGCUGGCCUAUUUGACCCAUACAGUGAUGAUCCAAGAUUAGGGGUGAAGAAAAUGGAGAUGUGUCCCUACACUGGAACACUUAUUGUUGCUGGUACAGCUGGACAGAUUCUUAUACUUAAUCUGGAUGUCAAAGAGAAGGAAAUUAUUCCAGAGUGUGUAAAUGUAAAUCUGGUUGCUGAAAAUGACAGUUUUGUUUGGAAGAGCCACAAUAAACUUGAGAUGAAAACUCAACCAGUCAAAUUUGAACCAGGCAUGCAGCCAACAGUUGUGGUACAGUUCUACCCUCCUGCAUCAUGCACUUCACUUACUCUUCAUAGUGAAUGGGGACUAGUGGCAUGUGGCACUGCUCAUGGAUUUGGUCUCUUUGAUAUUGUGCAAAAAAAAAAUCUACUCGCCAAAAGUACCUUAAGUCCCUUGGACCUUGCCAAUGCUGCUGAUGAAGGCCCCAUGUCUCGAAGAAAGUCACUAAAGAAGUCUUUACGAGAGUCAUUUAGACGUUUACGUCGUGGCAGAUCUCAGCGUAAAACUGGAAGACCAGGGGCUGCAUCACCUACAGGUUCACAUCCUUCGAGCACGGGAGCAGCAGCAGCUGGUGAUGAUGAAGGGCUGAAACCAGUGGAAAGAGCUGUUGAGGCACGCUCACAUAGCAGUGACUACAUUGGCUCCAUGGUUCGCUGCCUUCACCUCACAAAGUGCUUCAUUGCAAACACUCAAUUAAUGUCAGCUACACUUUGGGCUGGCACAAACAGUGGGGCCAUUUACGUAUUUACCAUUGCCAUUCCACCAUCUGAAAAACGAGGAGAAGUACCACUAAGUGUGCAGCUAGGUAAAGAGAUUCACUUGAAGCAUGGGGCACCAGUCAUAAGUAUAUGCAUUCUCGAUGGUGCGAGUAGACCUUUCCCUGAACCAAUGGCAGUCAAGAAAGAGGCAGCCCCAUCACCUAAUACCAAUAUGCCACACAGAGUUUUGAUAUGCUCAGAAGAACAGUUUAAGGUGUUUACCCUACCACAAUUAAAACCAUUUUGCAAAUUCAAACUUACGGCACAUGAAGGUUCAAGAGUACGCAAGAUAGGCUAUGCAGAUUUUGUAUCUUCAGUAGAUGAAAGUUACCGGGAAUCAUGCUUCAUGGUUAUGACCAACAUGGGAGAUUUUUCUGUGUACUCUUUGCCUGACUGUCGAAGGCAAAUGUACACAGCGCACAUAAAAAGGGAAGAUAUCAAUGGCAUCAAUAGUGUGGUGUUCAGUAACCGUGGUGAGGCUCUGUACUUGAUGUCUCCUUGUGAAUUAGAACGGGUCUCCCUCUCAGCAAGGCACAUAACCCGACCCACUGGAACAGUUCCCAUUUUAAAAUCCAUUCCAGUCAAGGAGCCACAAGAAGAAAACUCUAAAGAAAAGCCAAAUGAGAGUCAAGCAGAAGGUGGUGAUGCUGCUGUAGCAGCUGCUAGUGCUACUGCUGCUGAGGUGCAAGAUGACUCUAUUGAUUCUCAGGAGAAGGCUGAAAAUGAAUCUAGCAGAGAUGAAAAAGAGGAAAAAUUAUCUGGUGAGGCUGUAGGUGGAAGUAUUAGAAAAGUGGAUGAAGUUAAAGAGAAUGGCGAUAGCAGUUUACUCAGUGGAGAUAUCACAAUCGACUCGAUUCGUGACCACAUGGAUGACCUCAAAGUGUCAGAGAAGACGAUGGAGGUGGCCACUACAGCGAACACUACCAGCUCCAGUACCCUCACCAGUAAUAAUGCUAUGGUGAAGCAGGAGAGCAGUAGUGUCACUGUUGUCAAAUCUACCACCAUCACCUCCAUGUCCUCAUCAUCUCCAGAGUCGUCAUCCGUUCAAGUAGUUGAGACAUCUACAACUGAAGUGAACCACAGCACAGUAAACGGAACUGAGACUAAAAUACGAGCACCAUUGGCCAAGGCAGAAUCCUUCUUCAGCAAAGAACCCAGAAUCAAGAGUGAUGAAUAAACCAUAGAAACUUUAUGAGAAGGAUUUUGAACAUGAGCCAUCCAUGGGUUAAUGGAAAGAACUUCAAAUGGUUACAUACAUACAUAAAAUUGCUAAAUAUAUAAUAAUAUAU